UAAAGUCAUAUUAAUAUAUCUAGUUUCGUAUUAUCAAUUGGAUAUUAUGUAAAAUUGGAAGACUUGUAUUCUUCCGAGCGGUAAUCCCUUGCGGUAAAUUCAUUAAGGAUAUUUUUUGUGUUGUCAGUAAAUUAUCAUUAUUAGGUGUAUUUAAUUGUUAUUCCACAAUGUCGGCGCUGCUAACUGCGGACUGGUUCCAGUUGGAUUCCUACUACAGGCGUUUAGAAAUUUAUAACAUGAACUGGUCCAUGGACGAGGGCCUAGACAACAUGAUCAUCAGUGGAGCCCCGUACGGAGGACCUAUUGCUGUGGUGCGGGACCGGAAGCAGUUUGGCAGGAUUGCAACCACUGCCAAACCUGUCAUAACAAUAUUCAACUGUGUAGGAAAUGUUAUAUCAAAGAUUUUGUGGAACAGCGGAGUCCUGAUCCACAUGGGCUGGUCGGACGGGGAGCAGCUGCUGUGUGUGCAGGAGAGCGGAGAUGUGCUUAUUUACGACAUGUUUGGUGCCUACCAGAAGACAUUCAAUAUGGGGCAAGAAGUUAGGGACACUAAGGUCAGCAAAGCACAGCUGUUCCCCAACCCUCACGGUAUAGGACUAGCUGUAAUGACUACCACCAACCGCAUGUUCUUGCUGAGCAACAUCUCCGAGCCCAAAGUCAGGCCCGUACCAGAUCUGCCACGGGCCAGUGAACCAAUCACAUCGUGGUGCGUUCUGAGCGCGGGGCUUCGCUCGUCCGCCGUCAUCGGCUUCCUCGUAUGUCGCAACAAGGAGAUAUACAAGUGCCAGCUGGGAGAACCAAGGCCUGUGCUCAUGCGUCCGGAAAUCCGGAACCCGUACACGCAGGUCCUGUGCAUCGUGCCCUCGCAGAACGGGCGGCACGUGGCGCUCUUCACGGACUCCGGGUUCCUGUGGAUCGGCGCCUCCGACUUCAAGAGCAAGUACGCAGAGAUCGACACUGGCUGCAUCAAGCAACCUAAGGAACUAGUCUGGUGCGGCUCUCAAGCCGUGAUAGCCCAUUGGGACGACAUGCUCUGUAUCUUCGGUUCGAAAGGGCAAAAGACGGAGUUCCCCUACGACGGGCCGUUCCACGUCAUCCCCGAGAUGGACUGCGCUCGUGUCGUGUCGCAGUACACACACGAACUUAUAGAGAAAGUGCCAGUCGUCAUUGAGAAGAUAUUCAGGAUCGACAGCACCGCACCUGGCUCAUACUUGGUUGAAGCAUCGAAACAGUUCCAGAAACGCAGCCACAGGGCAGACGAAUACAUCCGCCUGGUGAAACCCGACCUGGCCAAAGCGGUGCAGGACUGCAUCGACGCCGCCGCCUUCGAGUUCGAGCCCGACGUGCAGAAGAUGCUCAUUCGGGCCGCGCAGUUUGGCAAGGGCUUCAUCGUGGACCAGCAACUGACAGACCACUACGUGCGCACGUGCCGGUGGCUACGCGUACUGAACGCCAUCCGCAACCCCAAGGUGGCCAUCCCGCUCACGUUUUACCAAGUCCAAAACCUAGGAGAGCGGAUACUGCUGGACCGACUGAUCUGGCGACGGCUGCACUGCCUCGCGUUACACAUCGCGGACUAUCUGCAGAUGAAGGACGGCCAGACCCGCGUGCUGUCACACUGGGCGUGUUAUAAGGUGACGCAACCUCACCUGGAUAACGAGAGCGCUGCGCGCGAGAUUGGCGAGAAGUUGCGUAACGUGGCCGGCAUCUCUUACACCACCAUCGCCAAGAAGGCCUCCGACAAGGGGCGGAAGGCACUCGCCAUCAAGAUUCUCGAGUACGAGAGCCACAGCAAGCUGCAGGUGCCGUUGCUGCUGCAGCUGGGCGAGGGCCCGACGGCGCUGCUCAAGGCCACGGCGAGCGGCGACACCGACCUCGUCUACAUAGUGCUACUGCACUUGAAGGAGAAGAUGGGCAAGCACGAGUUUGAGCUGACGAUCCGCAGCUUCCCGCUAGCGCACGCGCUGUACAUCAAGUACUGCGGCACGCACAACCGCGAGGCGCUGCGCAAGGUGCUGGUGCAGGAGGACGACUUCCCCGCGCAGGCCGCCGCACACGUGCGCGACGCGUGCGGCCCCACACAGCCCGGGCAAGCUGAGGCCGCGCUGAUAUCGGCCAGGGAGUGCUACAGGAAGGCCAAGAACGACUUAGGCGUGGCCAUCUGUGAGGACGCCCGCAAGCUAUGCAAGCAACAGUCCAGUCUGCAGGAGACCUACGGCGAGAGCUUCGUAGGGCUGUCGCUACACGACACCGCCAAGAAACUGCUCGAGCUAGGCGAGAUCAAACUCGCGGACAAACUGCGCUCAGAAUACAAGAUGCCGGACAGAAGGUACUGGUGGCUGCGCAUCCUAACUCUAGCGGAGAAGGACGAUUGGGACGAGCUCGACCGCUUCUCCAAGUCCAAGAAGUCGCCGGUCGGCUACGAACCGUUCGUGGACGCGUGCCUCAAGCACCGCAAAAACGACGAGGCGCUCAAGUACCUGCCGCGCUGUCGGGACGACAUCAAAGUCAAGUACUACGUCAAGGCUGGUUUUUACGAGGAAGCGGCACUAGUGGCCUUCGAGCAGAAAGACCAGAGCGCCCUGUUCUACGUGCAGAACAAGUGCCCGGUGAGCGAAUCGACCAAACACGAGAAAAUUGCCUCGCUACUAGAUCAGCUGGCCACUAGGAAAUAGCCUAAGAAUUUUAUAAUGUUAUAGGAAUUGUAAACGAUCUCUAUGGGU